AACAGACUUCGUUUUUAGGACAGUGUUUGUGCUACGAAAUAUCAGUAUAUGUUGUGGUUUUAGCUGGGAAUAUGCUACUAUUGCUUCAGUGAAGAAGAAAAUUGCACCUAGACGGAGUAUCAGACAUUACUUCGCACCCUGUGCGUCGUGAUGAUCACUUUAUUCUUUGACAAUGAAGAUGAUGAGGGCAGAAGAACAGGCGGCACCCGGCUGAAAGAGCGGCCGAUGCUAUACCAGAGGUUGAACGAUGAUGAACAGAUACACCGUUUCUACGAUUUCGGUGACGAACUCGGUCGUGGAAAAUUUGGUGUCGUUAUGAGGGUACGCGCACAACUCACCGGACUCUGCUGGGCUAUCAAAGUCAUCGAGAAGAGUCAGGCUAAGAACCAAGGCAUGAAGUUACUGGAACGAGAAAUUAGAAUCUUGCGCCUCAUAUCUCAUCCAAACAUUAUUUACCUGGAGAAGGUCUACGAGACACCAAAGAACCUGUACCUGGUGCUGGAACUUUGUACGGGCACUUUGGCGAAGGAGUUCUAUGAGCGCCGACCGUUCAGCGAGGCGGACACCCGCGAGGUGAUCCGCAAGCUGGCCAGCGCUGUCGCCUAUCUACACAGCAAUGGAAUCGUGCACAGGGACCUGAAGCUGGAGAAUAUCCUGCUGACAACGAACCCGGACGACCCGGAGGACAAACUCUACAUCAAGGUGACCGACUUCGGGCAGAGCGUCGUCCGCAGCGGAGUCGCCUACGACCAGAUGCUGCACGAGCGCUGCGGCACCAUGGCCUACAUGGGCAAGUACACACUGCUGGAUGCCUUUACACUGCACAGACUAUCAGAACAAAUACCGCCUACAGAUGCCGAAGGAAAAAAUGUUCAGGUUGUGGGGCAAGUUGUUAAAGUUGCAAGGCAAAGUGAUACAGUUUUGAGACAAGUUAAUGCUGUUUGGGGCAAGCUGAUACAGUUUUUGAAGUCACAGCAGAGACUCGUGUGUCCAGCUCCCGAGGUAAUGGAAUUGCGCAUGUACUCGCACCAGUGCGACGUCUGGUCCAUGGGCGUCAUCACGUACCUGCUGCUCGUCGGUGACUUCCCGUUCACCGGCGACAGUCCGGAACAGCUCAGGCAGCGAGUACUCAACGACGAACUACGCUUCGGUCGUAAGUCACUGUCAAAUCUCCUCCAUAGCUCAAAGUAUGCCUUUAGUGUUAAACAGUAA